AUGGAAUAUAUGAAUGUAGCAUAUCUGAGAUUGUCUACAGCUCUUCGCAAUAGAAGAUCCUUUUUAGCGAAAGGUCUUCAAAGGAAAACAAAUUUCUGGUCCUUUUAUUCGGAUAGAAUUGGCAAACUUGAAGGUAAGAGCACACUUGUGGUCUCUAACUUAGGGGUUGCUAAAAAUAAAGAAGAUUCUGAAUGGAAAAUUGAAGAUGUAUGGUUUGGUCUGAAUACAGGUUCCUUGUAUCAUUUUAUAUUAAAUCUCAUUACAACUGAAGGGAAAGGUUUGAAUUUAGUUUUCUGCUAUGCACCUGAAUAUGAAUGUCUUUACAAUAGUAAAAGCCAGAGACUCGUUGACGUAUUUGUAACACUUUUACGGGAAAGAUUGUUACAGUUUCCUGAAAUGUGGACUUCUAAUUGA